AUGAACGAAACCAUACAUCCACCAACCAGUAAGCCUGUCUAUGGCUUGCCGCAUAAUGAUAAAGAGUUUGAGAGGCUAGACCUCCAGCAUGAGGCGGUAAAACUAGCAUUUGAGGGUUUAAAUGUUUGCGAUGAGCAGGUGGAUAAAAUCUUAGAAGCUUCAGACAACCAGAAAAGUGUAUUGGAUGUCGGUUCAGGUUCAGGAGCUUGGUGCAUCGACAUGGCAGAGAGAUAUCCGCACGUACAUGUCCUGGGUAUCGACAUCAAACCUCAACAUCGGUCAAACGUUCCUUCGAAUUACCUAUCCGAGAUUUGCGAUGUAAAUGAUGGCCUAGAAAAGUUUUAUGGCCAAUUCGACCUUGUUCAUACACGGUUUACGGCAGGGGUUUUUUCGGACCCACAAGCAGCGCUUAUCGAAAUGGAGCGAUGUCUCAAGCCAGGCGGACUGCUGAUUAUCAUCUCGGCAAGUUUCUUGAUCUCCGAAGACCGCAAAACUAUGUAUCCGUUGUACACCCAAGCGAAUCCACAAGGUUCAUGGUUCCAGCGCUCCGCCAUAGGAGGAUUCCCUGGAGUCAAGAAAUUAGGAGUCGAUCCACGACUAUUAGAACGCGAAAUUGACAAGGGUCUAUGGAACCACGAACUUCUGGACCCGUCCUCUUGCACAGCGGCUUUGAUCACCCCACCAAUUGGACCCUGGGCUACCCCUAAACCCAGCCGAAGCAGCGCGACUCAAGAAAGUAGGGGAAUAUUGGAGGAUAAUAUUUUGAUUGUUCAUCAUCACUGGGAGCGAGUGUACGAGGCCUCCGGACGGUCUCGUGCGGAGUGGGAGCUGACGGUCAAGAAUGUUGACGAAGAACUUCGCGAGUCUCGUCAUCAUGGGGCAAUGAGGAUCAGAGCACUGUGGGGGCGAGCUAAAGGAUUCCACGGUUCUUUCUCGAAGACUUUGACACCUGAGAAGCCUGACGGAUCAUUUCAAGUUCUCAGUAUCUAUGAUUUUGAGCACGAGUGGGUCCGCCUGUCGGAAGAGUGUCAAGCAACAAUCACACCGGAGAUGCAUUCAUUCCUCGAUGUACCAAACUUUGACGCAAUCUUGUAA